UCCCCUCCAACAUCGAAACGGAUUAAGACCUCCGUGCCCGCCAGCGCACCAUCCCAUCUGUUAGCGCCGCAACAAGUUAAUCCUUACUCUCGAGUGCCUUCAUACGAGGGCAUUCCUAUGCCCCAAACUCAGAUUCCGCCGCCGAAUCCGCGCAAACGCCGUGCUUCGCCACCAGCAGGCACUACGGCGGCCAUGCCAGCGCCAGGUGCGACCGGGACUGGAGGCGAGCCCGGGCAUGAACAGGGGUCUGGAAUAGCAGAGCCUACACCGAAGAAAAAAGGACGAACCAAUACUCCUUGGACCGCAGAGGAGGAGCAACGGUUGAAGACUAUGCGCGAUGCUGGUCGCAGCUGGAGCGAAAUUGCCAAGACUUUUCCCACUCGGACCGAGGGUAGUGUCAAGAAGCAUUGGUAUAAGGACAUGCACUACGCCGAAUUUGCGGAAGACGAGUCCAUAGCGCUCCGUGAUGCGAUCAAGGAAUACGAGGCGAACAAGUGGAAAGUGAUCGGGCAGAAAGUUGGGAAGCCAGCCAAGGCGAGCCCAGCAUGUGAACAGUAUGCGAAAGAACAUUUCAAGGACCUCUAG